AUGGAUAAUUGGGAACAAGAAUUUAGGAAAUGGAUAGCUCACAUUGAUGUUCCUAAGACAUGCCCUGUAUAUAAAUUCAGAGAUGAUCAUGAUACUAAAGGAAGACGGAUCAGCUUACUGGAUAAGUGGUGGAAGGGUGGCAUCCUAUUGAUGGGAUAUGAAAUGUUCCGUAUUCUUGUAAAUUCGGAUGUUCAAUAUUCACAUUAUCUAGUGAACCCCGGACCAUCCCUUGUCGUGGCAGACGAAGGUCACAGACUUAAAAACAAGGAAACCGAACUUUACAAGUAUCUCCAAUGCCUUAAAACUCACAGUCGCAUUAUCUUGACCGGAUCUCCAUUACAAAAUAAUUUAGAAGAAUAUUGGUGCACAAUAAACUUUGCAAGCCCAAAUUACCUCGGUAAAUCUGAAGACUUUAAGAGA